CGGGCCGGCCGUGUUAGUCAAUUGGCCGCAUGAGCGCGCCGUGCUAGCGCAGCGGGCGCGGGUGUGGUAUGCCCGCGCGCUCGCCAUGGCCCCCAUUCUGGCGGCCUUGGCGCUUCUCGCCCUUUUACCCGUGUCGGAACAAGGCCCGCAUGAGAAAAAGUUGCUAAACGCUUUACUAGCUUCAUACAACACACUUGAACGACCAGUCGCCAAUGAGAGCGAUCCACUCGAAGUUAAGUUCGGCCUGACGUUACAACAGAUCAUUGACGUGGAUGAGAAAAACCAAAUCCUGACGACGAACGUCUGGCUUAACUUGGAAUGGAAUGACUACAACUUAAGAUGGAAUGACAGCGACUACGGCGGAGUCAAAGACCUGAGAAUAACGCCGAAUAAAUUGUGGAAACCGGAUGUACUCAUGUAUAACAGUGCUGACGAGGGUUUUGACGGGACGUACCAGACGAAUGUGGUGGUCAGAAACAACGGCAGUUGCCUGUACGUGCCCCCGGGCAUUUUCAAGAGCACAUGCAAGAUAGACAUCACCUGGUUUCCCUUCGACGACCAACACUGUGACAUGAAGUUUGGUAGCUGGACUUACGAUGGCAACCAGUUGGAUCUGGUGCUAAAGGACGAAUCUGGAGGUGACCUUUCAGACUUCAUCACAAACGGAGAAUGGUAUUUAAUAGGGAUGCCUGGAAAAAAGAACACAAUAACAUACGCAUGUUGUCCAGAACCAUAUGUAGAUGUGACGUUUACAAUAAUGAUAAGAAGAAGGACUUUAUACUACUUCUUCAAUUUAAUAGUACCGUGUGUUCUUAUAUCUUCAAUGGCUCUUCUGGGCUUCACAUUACCACCGGAUUCAGGAGAAAAAUUAACACUCGGAGUCACUAUUCUUCUAUCGCUGACGGUGUUUCUCAACCUGGUUGCUGAGACCCUGCCGCAAGUUUCCGACGCAAUUCCCCUGUUAGGUGUUACAAUUCUCCUGUCACAAACUGUUUUCUCUCUAUUGGUGGGGCACGUCAUCACUAAAACAUCAGAGGCGAUCCCCCUGAUAGGGACGUACUUCAAUUGCAUCAUGUUCAUGGUGGCAUCGUCAGUAGUUCUAACAGUAGUAGUUUUAAACUACCACCAUCGAACUGCUGAUAUCCACGAAAUGCCACAAUGGAUAAAAACUGUGUUCCUACAAUGGCUGCCAUGGAUCUUGCGAAUGUCGAGACCAGGGAAAAAAAUAACUAGAAAAACAAUAAUGAUGUCUAAUCGGAUGCGAGAAUUAGAACUAAAGGAGCGUUCUUCCAAAUCUCUCUUAGCUAAUGUAUUAGAUAUAGAUGAUGACUUUAGACAUGUGCCUCCACCGCCGAACAGUACUGCUUCGACGGGCAACUUAGGACCCGGCUGUUCAAUAUUUAGAACGGAUUUCCGUCGAUCGUUCGUGAGGCCGUCAACGAUGGAAGACGUGGGGGGUGGUCUAAGCGGCCAUCACCGUGAAUUGCACCUCAUUCUGAGGGAACUGCAGUUCAUUACCGCACGAAUGAAGAAAGCUGAUGAAGAGGCGGAGCUGAUUAGUGACUGGAAAUUUGCUGCGAUGGUUGUUGAUAGGUUUUGUCUCUUCGUGUUCACACUAUUCACAAUCAUCGCGACAGUCGCCGUACUACUGUCAGCUCCUCAUAUCAUCGUUCAAUAACAAUAAACCUAGGUCCGAACCGCAAUUCUUCGAGAGAACUAAUCUUAGUAACUAUUCUAAUUAUAUGUACUGUUAUACUACUCAAAUACGUGGUCUAUAUACACGUAUACUAUAAUUAAGUCGAAAGACGGUAAACUAUGUCAUACAAAGCCGUAGUGAGGGUCGUAUAUUAGUAGUUUAAUAUAUCUUUAUAUAACAGCUAAGAAAUGUAAUUUCCAAUUAAGGAUUCUAAGAAAUGUUUAGUCACAGUUCUAUGAUUGGCCUUUGGAGCAAUAAAAAAAAACAUUGAAAAUAGUAAUCAAUUAAAUAAACGAUAAAAUUACUAUAGCCAUAUAGUACUCUAACGCCAAUCAGUGAGGCGAAUAUAAUAUAAAUCUGUUAUCAAAAUUCAAAGUUUCUUUAUUCAAUAAAAAGUUACAUUGGUUUAGAAGAUAUUAGAGUCCCUGAAUUAAGUCUAGGAAGUCCUUCAUCAAGGUAAAAUACCAACGGUUUAAUGAAACUGUAACCUAAUAAUUGUUACCAAUACAGUAUAAAAAGAAAAAUAGAAAAACUUAAUUAUUACUAAAAUAAAGAUAAAGACAUCAAAUGGCUAAAACUGUUAAUUAACAACCCUGAGUACGGCUGUUAGAGUGUUAAGAGCAACAUAAAACAAUUGUGAUGUUGAAUAGGAAUUAAUACAUAUUAAUGUUGAAUUGUUAAAAUGUAUAUUUCUAAACGCAUUUAAAACACCCGCUUACUAAUUAUUCGUGUUAUUAUAAAGGAAUUGUAUCUGUGGUCGACUACAGUUUAAUUAAUGGAAUUUAAUGGGAAUCAGACACUGCAAAAUGUAAAUGUGGGAACAUUGACGAUGACAUUACUUUAGAUAUAGUGUACAUAAGCUAAUAGUCGGCUAUUAGUAGAAACGUUAGCUCAAGUAGAAAGCGUAAAUGUGGGGGACUGAUUCUAAUACGAAACUGGAUCAUUCAAUAUAACAAUAUCGAAACUAACAAUAGUCUAACAGUAUUUAUAAUCAAAACAAGAUCUUAAUCGGCCCCUUGCCGGUCGUUUAAGAUUGUAAAUAGGUGGAAUCAGGUCCCAGAUUCCAUUAUAGGAAAUUGGUUAUCGGAAAAAGAUAUCCAAUUUGAAUUUGGAAUAGUGGCAUUAAGAUAACAACCAAGCACAUUAGAGACAAAAAUCAAAACUAAGUAGUAUCUUGAGAUGAAACUGGCUGAAACCUUAGAGUUUACUUAAAAUCGCAGGAUUUCAUACUCUUUGGACAUGCCCAUAGGACUUGAUUACUAUAACUUAGCGUGUAUUGUAGAUAUAAUUACAUAUAUCGAGUAUCGUAUUCUAUAUAAUAAUUCAUGGUGCAAUGAUAUACGGUGUUACAGUUUGGAAAUUCUCAUAUGGCGGGAAAAUGUAUUGUGUAAGUGUUUAUCGCAAUUGAAAAGUAUUGCCGGUAAUACCUUAUAUGAUUGUAGAAUGUAUUUUAGUCACAUUAUUAGUAUUGAAGUGUAGGACUGAGCAGAUUCUACGGCAACGCAACAAAAAUCGUGAAGAUACCACAAGCUCUAGGUUGGUUGGUUAGUCAUUUUAUAGAAAAAUAAAAAUGUAAAAAAUUUAUAUCAUUUUAACGUAAAAACCACAAUGGAUAAAGUCCCUUAUUAGAAUUUGUGUGUAAAUUUUAUUAACAUAUAUGGGGCAAACUGCAUUAUAUUUUUUUUUAUUAAUUCUUCUUAAAGUUAUUGUCUUUUUAUCUGAGCCGAAAUGGUGAAAGGUUUUCGUGAUUAACUGUAAUCGCAUAAAACCAGAUUUAUAUAGAAAAACCAUGACUUAUUCAGAUAAACAAAAGAAAUUAUUCACGUCAUGGUAUUUUGGUGCUCAGUCCUCACUGUAUCGACGUACUUUAUCUAUGUCCGUUCCUCAAUUUCGCUCUUAUAGAUGUCGUGAUAGGCUAGGUGUCGUGUCCCUCUUUAAUAGAUUAAAAUCAUUAAUUACAUAAUAAGGAAGCUCACUAAUUAGUGAAGUAAAUAGUAUAAUGUUAAAUUUUUUCAAAAUCUUUUUAUAAACGUAUUCCGUUAUAUAUUUUUCGUUUUUUCAAAGAGUUAAUGUAAUCUUUUAAGUCUUACAGUUGGUGCUGAAGGUAUAUCACGAUUAUUAUCUAUUGUGACAUAUUUUUCCUUCUUUGUACCUAUUUGUUAUUAUUUAAGAUUUUUAUAUAGUUAUUUCAAUUCUUAAAUUUUUAAACGGUACGAUAAAUAACGUGCCAAAAUUAACGUGUUAUAAAUAUCGGUUUAAGUUCGUUUGUAGGCGGUUAAAUAAAUCAUAAAUGAGAGAUUUAUAGUUAAAUUAAACGAAAUAGUGUCUUUGUUAAUUUUUAUCGUUAAUAUUGGGACAUUGGGACCCGUCAAUUGGGGAAACCAGCCAAUUUUCAAAGCUUAGUUAUUUAAUAUUCAGAGGUUGUGAAUUAUUGAGCCCGUUGACGGUGAUCCAAUGUUUGCUAAAAUGUUAAAUAUAAAAUGAGUAAAUGGAUCUAAAUUAAAAAAAAACUAAACCUACCUAGGACGAGGUAUAUUUCAAAUUUGCGUAGUUUUAUUAUUUGACAAAACUGGAUUAGUUAGGAAAUAACAGGUACUUUUAAAUAAGAAAAUAAAGCUGCCAUAUUUUAAUGCAUCAAUUACAUAGAUAGGAACUAAUAAUAAUGAAGGUCGCCGAACUUGAUAUUUUUCAUACAUUCGCUUACGCAUACCUACUUUGUCAAAAAUUUUUUGGACCAAAUCUAAUUCACAAUGCACCUAAGCACAACCGAAACUAAAUGCUUUAAACUUGAAACAGGUAUUUUGAAUUUUACUAACGCGUCAUACCUUGAAAUAUAAUACAGUCAACAGUUUUUUAUAGCAAGGAUUUUCGACUUUACUCCCGUCAAAAUAGGGGUCAAUUUUAAACAUUUUUGGUAUUUUAUCAAUCUCUAUGUAUCAAGUCAAGCAUCAAGUUACUUGUGGUCGAUCAACGCAAAGUAUUGGUCACCUAUAUUGACUGGAGUACUGAACUAUUCUGAAUUUUUAAUAUAUUUAAUCUAAGAUUUUGAAUUACCCACUACCAUAUCGUAACAAAAAGAAACACUGUGCACCUACAAAUUAUCGAUAUACGACCGAAGCCUUUUAUCUAAAACAAUUUUAUACUUUAAUUCGUUAUUCAAAAUUCUACGCAACUUUACAAUUUAGAAAACGAUCGCGUUCCUUGAUUAUGAUUGGUGAUUGGCUGUUGACCAAUCACAAUCAAGCGACGCAAUCCACAAAUAUUAUUAAACGUGUAUUUUAUUAGAAAAACUUCGGUUACAUUCACAUUCAAAUAUAGAACUGCUCUCGAUAAACAGCCUUCCAAGGAUGUGACGUCAUUGAAAAAUUGGUCCGAAGACGUUUCACAGUAUAUUUAACCAAUUAUAUCGAAGAACGUCAUAUUGAAUGGACAGCUGAUAAUGGAUAGAGAGCUUUAAUCUUAAACAUUGUUAAGCCCGAUACUAUCUUCCUUUCAACCCUACACAAAGCCUAUUCGAGCCUUUUGUAGGCAUUGUAAGCUUAUUCAACUAUUUUCUUGUAAGAUAUUGCUUUGCUAUGUACAAUAAAAUCAGAUGUAAAGAUAUUUUUAAUAAUUGUGUUAGAUUUUGUAUAACUUUUAUUUAAAUUGUAAUAUACGAUCGCUUAGAUUCACAUGUUUAACUAAAUAUUGUUUUAUAUUACAUAAAUCCACUUCUUGUAACUUAUAGUUUCAUGAAUAAAUCAGACAUACAAAGCAAUGUUCGCUAUAACAUUGUUUCAUAAAGUAAAUUCCGAGAGAUUCAGGUUAUUUUCAAUAGAAAUAUAAUUUGUUUAAAAAUGUUUAAGUAGAUAUCGGGAAGUGGAUUUACCGUAGUCUCGCAUCACAUUUGCGUACGGCUAAACUCAUGAAUUUUCAUAAUUACCAUGCGUUUAAUUUAUAAAACUUCAUAGACGUACCACGCUUCUUACAUAAAAUAUUUUUCUCAUUCCGAGUUGUGUUCCUGUGGUAAAUAGUCAAAAUAAUUAAAAAAAAUAUUAAUAUGACUGCAGCUAAGAUAAACCGACUAAUGUAAGUUUGUAAAGAAGCCCCUAUGGAGGCAUUUGUAAUAGAUGUCACUAAAUAAAAUGAAUAAAUUUGUAAAAAAUAUUUAAAAAACAACGGGUAAUACGGUUAUUCGUAAAAUUAUCGUAAGUAGGAGUCGAUUUGUAUUAAACUAAAAUUAAAGCAA